UGUGAUAAACUUUUAUUCGUGGUUAAAUUUGUGCGAUGAAAAAAAAAAUACAGCAUUCGGUAAGGUCGCAAACCGUUCAGCGGCGCUUCUAGUAACCGUGGCAACGUCAUUUACGGCACCACGCUGCUGACUCUGCGGUCCGAUCCGGUUCGAAUAAACAGUCCGUCCACUUCAGAGGAAGAAGACAGAUAUGAUGUUGAGCAUCUGAGCUCCUCCGUCAACGAUCACCGAUAGAGACCGAGCCGGACCGGAACUACGCGGUCACGCCUUCAGCGUAAAAUACCACCGAUUCCCGGGCAACGCGAGCCACGCUGGAAGUCGCCCCCCAUGUGGCCGUCCGGAGUGGGGAGCAGGCAGCCCUGCCCGCGGGAGUCGGCGCUGCGCAAGGCGGCCAUCAGCGGCCACGUCAACGCGCUGCCGCACCACGUCCCCACCGGCCGCAGCGUCCGGGUCUUCAUCUGCGCCAACCCGGACGACACCGAGGCGGAGAGGAACGCACUGAAAGAGCACGUCUACCCCAAACUACGGGACUUCUGCAGGGAGAACUAUGGGAUCGAAUUCCAGGUGGUGGACCUGUACUGGGGAGCCGAUCCGGAGGAGUGGGACAGUCCGGACCUGCAGCGGAUCAGGAUGAAACUCCUGGAGGAAUGUCUGAAGACCUCAGCGGGACCUUGUUUCGUUGGUCUGGUGGGAGAAAAGUACGGCAGCAUCCGGGUGCCGGGGGAGGUGGAGUCGGCGGAGUUUGAGAUGAUCCUGGACGCGGCGGUGGAGGCGGGGCUGGACACGCACGUCUUGGAAGAGUGGUACUGCAGGGAUGAAAACUCGGUGCCACCUGCAUACUACCUCAAACCCAAGGCCCAGAUGCUCAAGAACUACCAGAACUCUAUGGAGUCGAGCAGCGCAGCCAAGACCAAGAACGACAAGGCCUGGCGGAACGUGUCGGAGGAGAUCAAGAGGAUCUUCCGCACGGCGGUGCUGCAGCUUCAGGAGAAGGGGACCAUGAAGAGCGCCGAGGCGAAGAAAUUCCUCUGCUCCGCCUUGGAGGACGAAUUAGACUUCGCCCUGGGGAAACAAACUCCCGCCUUCCUCAAGAAAUGCGUCUGCUACAUCCGCAAGAUCGCCAACUUCGACCGCUUCGCCAAAAUCCCCGAGAUGACCCGAUACAUGGACACCGUGGUCAGCGAGGACCGCGUCAUGCGCAACCAGGAGUCCUACGAGCGGCUGCUGAAGGUGCGGGACGAGUUCAUCCCCACGGUCGUCGCCGCCUCCAACCUCCGCGUCUACUCGUCGGUCACACACUGCGACAUGAAGUUGGGCUACUCCCAAGAAGUGGAAAGCCACUACGUGGAGGGCCUGUGUAAACAGUUCUACGAGGACAUGGUGGACAUCAUCCAGGCCACGGUGCAGCAGAACCUGGGCGCGGAGACCGACCCGCUGUACGACGAGAUCCUGCAGCACCUGUCGCUCUGCAAAAGCUACGCCGAGCUCUACCAGUUCAAGGCCGAGUCGUUGGAUUACGUGCAGGAGUACCUCUCGCCCUCCAAGGGGAGCAGGAUGAGCCCCCUGGUGGUGUACGGGGGGCCGUGCACCGGGAAGACGCUGCUGCUAGCCGAGGUGGCCAAACAGGCCUACACAUGGCUGCAGAAAGAGAUGGGCCCUGAAACCGACCCGGUGGUUAUUGUCCGUUUUAUUGGCUCCAGCCUGCUCUCCACCGACCUACGAACUCUCCUCCAGAGCAUCUGUGAACAGAUUGCAAUAAACUACCGCUGCCUGAUUCACUUUUUGCCUAACAAGAUCCAGGAGAUGAAGGAGCUCCUCAUCAACCUCCUCGGGGAAUCUUCAUUCCACCGGCCUUUGGUCAUCGUCCUGGAUGCCCUCGAGCAGCUCUCCGACGCGGACGAAGUUCGCAAGCUGUGGUGGCUCCCCAUACAUCUGCCUCGGACGGUUCGCAUUGUAGUCUCAACGUUGCCCAACAAACACGGCAUCCUGCAGAAGCUUCGACAGCUCAUCCACGAUGAGGGGUAUUACGUGGAAUUAAUCCAGAGGGACCGCAAAGUCUGCAGCCAAACAUUAAAACAGCAAUUGCUGGGGGUGAAGCGAAAGGUCACCUCGGGCCAACAGAUAUAUGUCAACGAGGCACUUUCCAAGUGUACCUUGCCGAUGUUUGUCAACCUCAUCUACAGAGAAGUCCUCCAUUGGAGGUCUCACAAAGAUGUGGAUGACAGGUCCCUGUGCUCCACAGUGCACGAAAGCAUCGAACAGCUCUUUUACUCGGUGGAAAACAAGCUGGGUCAACGAUUUGUCUUUCGAGCUUUAGGGUAUAUCACCAUGGCCAAGGCGGGCCUAACCGAAGUCGAGCUGGAAGAUAUUCUAUCCCUUGAUAACAUAGUUCUUGGGGAUGUCAUUGUAGCAACAUACCUCAAAAACCCCUUGAGGAUCUCUUAUGAUUUGGUUGCAAGGCUCAAGGAGGAGCUGGACGGCUAUCUUGUGGAACGCCAGGUGCGCAACGUCACCUUGAUGGUUUGGGCCAACAGACACCUGCAUCUCAUUGCUCAGAAGCUGUAUCUCAGCAACGAGGAAGACGUCCAUCAAAUGCACAGCCUCCUGGCUGAGUACUUCCUGGGGGCAUGGUCGGGAGGCAGGAAGAAGAUCUUCACUUACGAUAACAACCAUUUCACUUCGCUGAAUAUAUCUCACCACAAAAACCCCCACCUUCAGCAGGCCCAGGAAAAAACGUCCUCUGACAAGUACUCAUAUGACAGACAGACUCCAGAGCAGCCUUGGGUGUUCCAGUGCAAUCUUUUAGAGCCUGACAUUUUUUUUGUCAACCAUAGGAAGAUGACAGAGCUGGUGUACCACCUCACCAGGAGUGGGCGCACCGAUGACCUGAUGUUUGGUGUGAUCAUGAACUUUAGCUGGCUGUACACAAUGAUCAAGAUCGGCCAGUUUGAAAAGGCUUUGACAGACAUUGACCUAGCUUACAGCUACACCCAAGAGAAAGAACUGAAGUUCUUGGCCACCACUCUCCGUUGCAUCAAGGUAAAAGUGCUGAAGAACCCAGCAUCGCUGUCUGCAGAACUGCAGCAAAGACUUCUGCCAGUCGUCACCUCCCUUCCCAAACUCAGACACCUCCUGCUGGAGUGUGACAAAGAUGGCCCGAAGUACUGCUCCAUUGUGCCUCUCCACUCCUCUAUGGACGUCACCUACAGUCCAGAGAGGCUUCCUCUGUGCUCUAGCUACAUGCAGAUUGUGGAGAUCUUGCCCACUCUAGCCCCAAACAUAGUUCUUGUGGCCCUGGAAGAUGGGUCCGUCAGCACCUGGGAUGUAGAGAGUAGACAACUUCAAAGACAAAUCGACACAGCCAGAUCCGUUGUGCUCGGGAUCAGGCUAACAACUGACGAAAAGUAUCUGGUCGUGGCCACAACCAAAAACACGUUGCUCAUCUAUGAUAAUCACAAGUCCUGCCUUUUAUCGGAGGUCGAGAUCAAGGGGUCCAAGCAUGGUGGUGUCACUGGUGGGGUGGCCUUCAUCAAUGGCUACACUUUGUCCACCCACCAUGCAUUGGCUUGGCUUGAGGCUAGUAAAGAAGUCAAUGUCAUUGACCUGCUGUACGGGUGGCCUCUCUACCAGUUCCAUUGCUGGUAUGAGGUGACUUGUGUCCAGUGCUCUCCAGAUGGAAUGUACGCCUUCUGUGGACAGUACCUCAACACUGCUACCGUCUUUCAUCUAGGAAAUGGGGACAAGUUGGCCACUAUGACCUCUGAGUUUUCUGGGGGAUUUGUAAAAUCCAUUCUAGUCCUGGACACCCUAAGCCAAAUGGUGAUGGUUGACAACGAAGGCAGUUUGUCAGUAUGGAACACCAAAGAGAUCUCCAAUCCACGUCUAAUGGAGGAUUACGACUGCAGAGGCGAUGACAGUGAAGUGGUGGGCAUCGAGUUAUCGGAAGACCAGCGCUCCAUUCUCAUUUGCAAGGCGAGAAGUAUCGAAGUUCUGGACACAAAAGUAUGGAAAAUGGUGGAGAAGUUUAAAGCCAAACGGACGGAGCGCUUUGUGGCUGCUGUUCUCUCGAAGAGUGGACAAAGCAUCGUGGCCUCCAUGGAGAACACGUCCUCCAUCUUCGUCUGGAGAAGGGACAGUGGGCAGUGCAUGGCUAGUCUGAUUGAGAUCUCAGGGGCUAUCGUCAAACUCAUUAAAUCAACCCACCACAACCUGCUCCUUUCUGUUGCCAGCAGUGGCGUGCUGUCUGUUUGGGACAUUGAUAUUAUAACCGCCAUGUCUAAUAUUGACAAAACAGGCAAGAAGAUCCAGACCUUGCAGCUGUCCGGCAGAGAGGAUUAUGUGUUUACUAUGGACGGUUCGGAAGCUGUCCACAAGUGGAACUUCAGCACUGGCUUUAUUGAGACUGUCUUUAAGCAUGAGGGCAUAGUGGAGAACUGUGUCCUAACCUCCUCAGGGGAUCUCAUGGUGACAUCAGAUGACAAGUCCAGUCAGUACAUCUGGCAAACCACCACCGGAGAAAACAUCUUUCGCAUUAAUGGACAGAGAAUAUCGCAGCUGCUAAUCACCCACAACGACCAAUUUGUGGUGUCCCUGUGCGAGCAGAACGCAUCCAGAGUCUGGAGGCUCGGGACCGGGCACAAAGUGUGCAACAUCUUGGUCACCCUCCAGAAUGCACUCGUCACCACAGCAAACACCUUCCUCGUGGGAAGCUCCAAAAACAAGCUCCUCGCUGUCAGCCUGUGGUCGGGCAGCGUGUCCAAGAAGUUUGUGUGUGACGAUGGCAUUAGCAUUGUCAACUUCAAGCUCAUUCCUGACUGCCCCGACUGCGUGGUGUUCAUCACAUCCACAGAGACCGUCUUCAUCUGGAGUGUGGCGGAUGAGUCAGUUUGCCGACGGGUCCAGCUGCCAACCAAUUUCCUCAAAAAUCUGGAGGACUUCCAGAUCUCUCCCAAUGGGAAAGUAGGAAUUGUGUCCAAAGGUGACGAGAAUAUUAAUGUCCUGGAUCUUCACAGCGGGAAGCUGAGGCUGGUCCAUGCCGCUGGUAUAAUUUGGCGUCAGAAAUUAUCAAGAGAUGGACGUUAUCUCGUCUACGUUUGUUUCCGGAACUGCGACGAAGACGACGACGCCGGCGUUGUGUCCAAUCUGAUCGUGAUGCGCCUCGCCGACGGCAAGAGCAUCGGCACGUGCUCCCUCUACAAGACGCCCACUUUCCUGUGUCUCUCCCAACGAGCGCUAAACAUCAUCAUUGGCUUCGAGGACGGAAGCAUCGGCACGUACACGGUGGUGGAUCGCGUGGACGCGGCCCUCAAGAUAAAGAUAGCCACCUCCAACAGCCGACAGAUUGUCAACAAUGCCUCGCAAAAAGUGCGUCCCAGAUGUGGCAACCAUUCGUUCAAGACCGCCGCCGACUGCACCUGGAGAGAGUCCACCGAGGUCUUCUCCAGGGACAGUCCCAUCAACGUGUCGGACUCCGGGGAGGGCGAGUCGACCACGCCGACGAAAAAGACUGAACUGAUGCAGUGACGAGCGGAGGUGAGAGUAGCAGGUGUCAGGGCAGGCAGUUAGAGGGAGGUGACGACAAAGUUUUGAAUCUCUGGGGUUGCAGUUGAUUCUUGUUUACAGCCACGUGAUUCAGCUGCAGAUGUCAGCCCUCUGGGUAGUUAAUGGGCCGACCGUAUAAACGCUGCACUCAAAUGAUGUAUUACUUACUUCCAACUUAUGAUACAGUUUCUUUUUGUUUUCCUCUCGAAGACUGUUAGAAAAAUACUGUUUUUGAAAAGAAGAGAAUUGUGAAUUCUGUGAGUAUUAGUUUGCCAUUAUGUCUUGCCUUUUGCAUUUGAAGAACAAAGUUAUUAUUCAAAUGUCUUCAUCAAACAUUUUCAAAGCCAUUCCAGUGAUCUUAGCCACUUUCAUUGUACAUUAUCUUUAUUUACAUCGUGCACAUUAAGCCAUAAUCUCCAAGAGUAGAUUUAUGUUUGUAUCAAAAUCUGUCGGUACUGUAGAAAAAAGCAAGAACAAUGAACAUUUGUACAUAUCCCUCUAUGGCUGCUGCAAUUUGUGCAACUCCUUAAAAUGUUAUGUUGUGCUUAAUGCAAUCAAAGUGAGUGCCUGGAAUUUUAAUGUUAUUUAUGUGCAGAUUACAAGAUUUAUGAAAAUGCAGGGAAUUUGUAAACACGGUACACACACAGUUACAUAAUACUUGCAUUGAUGUUAAAUCUAAGCGGUCGGUGUACAAAAACCCAGUCAACAACCCGAGAGAUCGAUGGCAUUGCUCUUUGUAAUUAAAUUGUUGUAGAAAUUUCACGGAACAGUUUACGGAAAUUUGGUGUAAAUUUACCUGCAGUUCCAUCGGUCUGUGUGCUGUUUGUGUUAAGGGAAAUACCACUAUCGAGCAUACAGUGUAGCAUAGCACCAUACACAGUCACGCCUUAACCAGUGUAAUUGCUUUAGGUUCAGUGGAGUUUAUUCAAAUGUGUCAGUAGAAAAGGACAGGAGUGAUUUCCUCAAUGUUUCACUGAAACACCUUGGUGAAUAUAUUUAGUGGUUUAGGCAGUAGAUGGAAGCACUUUAUCAGUGGUUUGUGAUAAAUGACUAGAUUUAUUUAUUUGAAACAUUCUAUAAAAUGUUUGAAGUGAUCUAGAAGUUGUCUUAAAAUAGGUACUGGAAAUGCCUUCAAAAUACAAAAGGCCAUCCUGGUACUCGCGGUAUACAGUUAAGUCACUUGAAAUGCUACAGUUGCUCUCUCUCUAUAUAUAUAUAUAUAUAUAUAUAUAUAUUUGCCUAGUACCAAUUCAAAAUCAAGAUGCUGUCAUCUUAACAGCUGACAGCAAAGACAGGACAUUUUGAAAUAUAUGGGAUCAAUACAAUUUUAUGCUUGUUUAGAAGUAAUUUCAAUACCUUUGGUUGUAUAUCAGCUUUCGUAAACCUGUGAAAAAAAUGAAUUUGCAUGGAAAGAAUUGGGAAUGUAAAGAUAAAUAGACAUAUACCAAUAAUAUAAUUAAUGGAAGCAAAAUAAUAUUGCAUAAAUUGGCUUCAGGGUGUUCAAAGCAGAAAAAGUUACAGGUGAAAAAAAAUAUUUUUAAAUAUUAACUUCAUUUGUUAUUAUUUUUGCACAAAUGCUAUUAUUUCUACAAAGAAGAAAAGGUUUUCCUUACAUAUUGUUUACUAGGAGGGUAUAUCUCCUAAUCUUUUCUACCCGUAUGUAACUACAUGGGAACAGGCUGAAAUAAAAGCUCUUUAGAUCUGGUGUGCUGACAAUCUGCUGGCAAAGCACUCAUCUAUGAAGCUGUACCUCGCAGGUGCCCUAAUUGCUUUUUAAGCAUGUCUGUAAUAACCCAAAACGCGAUUUUGAACUCUCCGAUGAGACCAAUCAUCAGCCAGGCAUGAUUGAAAACCACACACGUACACUCUGACAUAUACUUUCUAAGGGCUAUUCCAUCUUAUUUAAUGUUUACUAGUUUUGAAAUGUCGAGAUAGUGGCCCUUCGAUCAUUUUAAAACCGGGUAGCAGCAUCAAGCUUUAACAUUUUAUUUCCCUUAAAACUUAAGAAUUUUUAAAUAAAUAAAAAAAAUAAAGAUAUUAUGUAAUUGCCAAAGUCCCGAUUAUAGUUUGUGUUUUUAUUUCCUUUGACUGUCUCAUUUGUUUUUUGAGGCUUGUACUGUAAUGAUAUUGUUAAUGAGAUGUUUCAGUGUUCUACUGUGAUUAUGUUUAUGAUAGAGACAAUGUGCUAUCUUUGCUAAAAAAAAAAAGUUUAAAAAUAUAUUGGAAUGCCAGUUCAAGAGUAUAUUUGAAUGUGUCCAUAUGGAAGCCAGUUAACGUUAUUAUUGUAUGUUAAGUAACUUGAAUGACGUACAUGUUUGCCACUCAUCGUUGACAUACUGGUAUACUGAAUGUUUCUAUUGUAUUCUUUGUACUGUCAGGACUGACUUACCUGUUUAGAGAUUUAUAUUUUCAUAAAUGUUGUACUUUACAUUUUGUUACGGAGUUGUUUAACUGGAAUUCCAAAAGAAAAGAAACUUAUGUCUGAAGCAAUAUGAAACUAGUGUGUAUGCAUCGUUUGUAUGAAACAUUUUAAUGUAAUAAAAUGGUUCACUUUUUGCCUCCACUC